AUGUUUUGCACUAGUGCCAUAGGAUGCUGGCCAAAAUGUCUCUGUACAAUAGUCAUGGGUACAUUUGGCAUAUUCACAAUUAUCGCAACUUUUAUUGGAGUACUGAUAGUUUGUUUCACUUCGCCUCAAACUACAGUUCAAAAGUGUGGACUUAAGUUCAUAGCUACCUCUAAGAAGCCCAUUGACUACGAUUAUGGUCCUCGAUCUGUCGCCGUUGGUGAUUUCAAUAAUGAUACAUGGCUAGAUAUGGUUGUUGCUAAUCAUAUCGCCAAUAUGAUUUCUAUUUAUUUUGGACAGGGUAAUGGUACGUUUUUGAUUCCAAGCCAAUAUUCAACUGGCAAUGGAUCUAGUCCGUAUAUGGUAGCUAUUGGCGAUUUCAAUAAGGACAUUAUAUUAGAUAUUGCAGUAGCAAAUUUUGGUAUCAACAGCAUCAGCGUAUUUCUUGGAUCUGGGAAUGGAUCUUUCAACAAAGAUAUAGAAAUUUCAAUUGGCUCAUCUCGUCCGAUAGCGAUAAGCCUAUCAGACUUGAACCACGACACACUGCUUGAUAUUGUCAGUGUUAAUUACGGAACCCAUAGUAUAGGCAUACUAUACGGGCAUAGUAAUGCAGAAUUUUCUAAUCCAACUACAUAUUGGGCAGGCUAUGAUUCAUUUCCAUCAUCAGUGGUCGUUGUAGAUAUCAAUAAUGACAACUAUUUAGAUCUCGCCGUUGCCAACUCUGGUACGGAUAAUAUUGGCGCUUUUUUCGGAAAUCAGAAAGGCACUUUUUCUAACCAAAUAAUUAUUUCGCACAGCGAUCGUUCUCGUCCACAAUCAAUUGCCGCUGGUCAUUUCAAUGAAGAUAUCUACGUCGAUAUCGUUGUGGCUAAUUAUGGAAAUAAUGAAAUUGGCGUACUUCUAAAUAAUGGAAACGGAACUUUUGCAAAACAAGUCAGAUAUUUCACUGAGUCUGCUUCUCCAUAUGCCGUUGGUGUUGGGAACUUCAAUCAAGAGAACCGAUUAGAUUUACUUGCUACCAAUAAAGGUACUAAUAAUGUGGCCUUAUUUAUUGGUUAUGAAAAUAGGACCUUCGCCAAGCCAAUGAUGUAUUCAACAGGAGCGACUUCACCGAUAUCACUUGCCAUAGGUGAUAUCAACAAAGGCAGCCGUCUGGACGCGAUAGUUGUUAGCAAUGACACUGGCGCCAUUGAUAUUCUUCUUGGCUCUUUUGAGGGCUUUGAAAAUCAGAUGAACUAUUCAACUGGGUCUUCUCCAAACUCUGUAGCCAUCGGUGAUUUCAAUAAUGAUACCCGAUUAGAUUUGGUUAUUGCUAAUUUUGCUGAUAAUAAUUUAAGUGUUCUUCUCGGAGAUGGUAAUGGUUAUUUUGCCCAUCAAAUUAAAUAUUCAACUGGAUUUUCUCCAAAAUUUGUAGCUGUUGGCGAUUUUAACAAAGACACUCGAUUGGAUAUCGUUGUCGUCAAUUCAGACAGUAACGAUACGAGUGUCUUUCUUGGAUAUGGCAAUGGUUCUUUCAACAACCAGAAUACGUAUCCAACUGGGUCUUAUCCAUAUUCUGUAGUCGUGGGUGAUUUCAACAACGACACUCUAUUAGAUUUGGUUACCGUUAAUUUUUAUGACAAUAAUGUGAGUGUAUUUAUCGGGGAAGGCAAUGGUUCUUUUGGUUAUCAAAUUCAGUAUGCAGCUGGUAUUUUCCCAGCAUCUAUAGCGAUGGGGGAUUUCAACAAUGAUGCUAAACUGGAUAUUCUCGUUGUCAAUUACAAUAACAAUGAAAUGAGUGUCCUCCUUGGAUAUGGUAAUGGCUCUUUUGCAAAGGAAACCAGAUAUUCAACUGAUUUUAUAUCAUGGUCUGUGGGUGUCGGUGAUUUCAAUAAUAAUAAUCAAUUGGAUAUCGUUCUCGUUAGUUUCUUUAACCAGGGCAUGAGUGUACUUCUUGGAUGUGGUAAUGGCUCUUUUGCCAAUGAAACCAGGUACUCAACUGGCUCUUCUCCAUACGCUAUAGCUGUUGGUGAUUUGAACAACGACGCUCGACUGGAUGUAUCCCGUUGGCGCAUAAGUUCUGAGAAUUUUUUUUUCUGA